ACGCCGACUGUAUACAUGACCCUCCAAACAACGUGCUGCUAGUUUGACUGCUUCUUUCGAAGUGGAGGCUGGCUGGACUGCUGAACCUAGUCCCAGCUGGUGUGAACAACAUGAAAGCGCACACAGCACACUAUAUUUAAAGCUUCAUUAGCUCACUUGCCCAGCUCGUAGCCUACACAGCUCGUUGAUAGCUGAGCAGGUCGGUUUACGAGGCAGGUUGCAUCACCUUUUUCCGGCAUGGGGCAUCGCUGUGCCACUCAUAACUGAACGGAGAUGGGACUUCUGGUUCUGUUGUACUGGCCGAAUAUUAUUGGAUACUUUAGGAUUGGCCUUGUGUUUGCUGCAUGGGCUACCCAUGAGACACCUGCAGUCUUUGUCUUUCUUUAUUCAAUCUUCAUAGCACUUGAUGGAGUGGACGGCUGGCUGGCAAGGAGGCUGGGCCAGAGCUCCAGGUUUGGAGCCUGGCUGGACGUAGUGGUGGACAACCUGGGCAGAGGCAUGCUGUGGAGCCUGCUGUUUGAGUGGGGUUGGCUGGUGUCUGCUCUGGAGUGGUGUGUGUAUGUGUGUAACCACAACGGCAGAGGUGACCAGUGGAAGAGCAGCUUUAUCACCAGCCCUCGAUUUAUACAAGUCAUCAUGACAAACGGGUUUCGGACAGCUCUUGGCACUUGGGUGGUGAGCGGGCUGCACUGCCUCCCCUUGUGGCUGUUUGGUUAUCAGAGGGGUUUACUAUCCCACUGGCUGUAUCUGCCUCCCUGGAUCCAGGCUCUGGGGACCCUGCUGCUGGCUGCAGGACGGCUGCUGGCUCUAUCAGUGGAGACAUGGUGUAUAUGGACACACAUCAAAUACCUCACCAAGGAUGAGUUGGAAGGGAAAAAGAACUGAACGAUGCUCAGCAGAGUCAGCGUAUACUGUCCCAUCUAAACUGUAAUAUUACUGACAUUAUUCCAUCAUCAUAUAUGAACAGCCUCAGGUCACAUUUGGUUUUCUCCACAAUAAAAUAAAUGUUCAGCAAUUGCUGUGAGAGCAUUUGGAAAAAUGUGUUUUUUGUAAGUUGUUUAAUAUCUAUAUAAAGAUUCAGUCACAUGUUGAACCCUUAUUAAAGAAAUAUAUGUAUCCAACAUUUUUUAAUUAAGUUAAAAACACCCAAUUCAAAUGUAUAUUCAUACAUUAAUAUGCACCAUAAUCUUAUCUAAUUUACAAGCAACACAUUAAUUUUUAGCCACGUAAAGAGUAUAUAUAUGUGUGUGCUGUGUAUGUAAGUAUUAUGUACGUACAUGGUGUGUGCUUUACUUUAAGAUGUAUUCCAAGUAGUCUCCCCACUUCUCCACGUUUCCCAGCCCUGUCCUGAGAGCUGGAAGAACUGUGUUCGUAUGAGGCCACUUUUGCCAAAAUGAGCCACAUUUUGACUUUGUUUUAUUUGCAAAAAUGUGUAUUUAGAGGUAUACAAUGACAGUGAAAUCAUCUGACAGCAAGAAUAUUGGACCUCUCACUUACUUCAUGUUCUCACUUUAGUUUAAAGGUGGGAUCUGUAUUUUUCUUGGGAAAAGAAGCCUCGCAGGCCUGUUGGACUGUUCAAUACUUUCAUGUGUUAGCAAUCAUAUUUAAUGUCUAAUUGGUGGGAAUACUUCACUUAAUGACCUAAAUGGAUUUGGUUAAAUAAGCUUUGAAAGAUAUUUUUAUAUUCAUUGAUGUGUUGACUGUUUUGCUUUAUUAGUUUUUGCGCUUGAUGUGUAUUAUUAAGUCAGUUUAAAUAGGUUUAUAAGGUCAUUCUACCUUGCUUUUUUGUCUUUAUGAAAAAUUUAAUUUCUAUAUGAAUAUUUGAAAGUUCAUGCCCAUGAAAUGCAUACAAAUGUGUUACCCAGAGAUAAGGCCAACAAUUUACCAGUGUUUUGCCAAUAAUAAUGGUGGUGGUGGUGGUGGUGGUCUAGUGGAACGUUGUGAGUUCAAUACCAGGGCUGCCACCAUUGUGCCCCUGAGCAAGGCACUUAACCCUGAGUUUCUCCGGGAGGGCUGGUGAUUUGGUUUAUUCUCUGAACUGUAUUGUGUAAUCUGUUGUAUUGAGCUAAUGGGUAACAUGAGGUUGUUUCAACAGGUGAUGUGUUAGCAUUGUUCACACAGUCUCACGCACACUGACAUCUUCUUAUUAACCAUUAUCAUAAACGCAUCAUUUGUGAAUUUUCCUUUUCAACACAGCAACACACAGAGAUAAGGACUCAAAGCUCCUGCUUUAUAUGUCCCCUUUGUUCUACACACGCGUACGGGGAGCACGUAGAGACGGUUUCAGGACCACGUGCAUAUUAUCUUCAGCGCGACCCCGACAGGUAAACUUGAUUGUUUAGUAUUAGAUAUUGUGUGUUUUGACAUUUAUUAUCUUAUUAAUAAAUGUUUUUUGGAA